AUGUUACGGGUUUCAGCCGGUGCGCAACCCUUGCGCCCCGCCCCCACCUGCGAUUCGUGGGGAACCCAUUCGGACUAUACUUAUUACAAUUGUCAAAACGACAUGAAGCACGCUGCUGUAGCGCAAGUGACCGUGCGUGCUCGAAGCGACGCCGUUGAACGUGAUGGUUGCGAUCGAGGAGGGACCCUCGUUAUUGGCAGUCCGAGUGAAACUAGCGAUCGCUUCUUCGUCACCGCUUCAGGAACUUUGCGGAACACACCAGACAAUAUAUGCGAAAAUCUCCAAUCAUCGAUGGAUGGAACUGAAAUUGCAAAAUACUGCAUUGGGCAGAAAAAACUUGGAAAAUCUUCAAUCGGAUUCUUUUUCGAUGCUCGGACUAUCAGUGAGGAUCUAUUUAAUGAUCUAUUCGAAAGCGUUCUCGAGGUUAAUAUGUGCCUUGAUGUACAGAAUACGUUAUUCACGCGACUGAGAUUCCCGAAUCUGUUACGAUGGAACGCCUGUCAUGCAGGUGCGGCUCUAACGGUAAUCGGUAAUCCCGAAUUAGUGUCAAUUGAAUUCAACCCAAAUGUGAAAUUCUACCAAAAUGAGCAUGUGAAUAAUCCUCCAGUGGCGAUAAUACGUGGUAAUCGCAAACUUGAACGUCGGAGUAUUGAAGAACUUAUGAGGAUCUUCAAAACUUUUCGAUUCCUCGAACCUAUAGAAGGCGAAUGUUCCACACCUGGACGUAUUGAGGAUCUAGCUCAACUGAACUGUGAAGCCUAUUAUGGAGACAUUGUUCUCUCCUAUAAUGCGGAGGGUGAAAUACCACCAGUUGCUGGUGAUGUUGAUGGUUGUUUAAUUGUCACAGACACAUUGCUUACAGACAUUGAAUUUCUUCGUGGAUUCAGAUUUACUCCUGAUAGAUAUUGUCAAAACGUGAUUGCUCGUAAUCCAUUUUUAUGCAUAUCUGAGAAAUUGGAGCAACAUUUGAGAAGUCAGAUGAAUAUCUCUAUCACUGACAACAUGGAUAUUUUCUGUCGGAAAUAUGUAGAGAAGCAUGUGAUGGUUUUCGCACUCGUGGGAGGUUUUUUCGCUGCAGUCUCAAUUUUCACCGUAUUUUUGAAACUAUACUUACUGUAG